AUGGACGCCGAACACGAUGGACCGGCCAAGGCAUCUGUACCGCCGCCGCUCGUGCUCGACGAAGCUGGCUGGGCCGAUCAAGUCAGAGCUGUCGAUCCACCGCUUCUGUCGGCCAGGACUGUGCCGCCGACACCCAUGACGCCCAGGACGCCGUCCGGUCGGCCUGUUGGCUUCACGCCGCUGAUCUGCGUGGUCGACUUUCACCACGCCCGCGGGCCCGAGGUCGAGAUGUGGUUCGGCGCCGAUGAAGACCAUCCUGACCCGGCUGUGCAGUACGACUGGCCGUUGCUCCCGUUCAUGGCUUUGAGCGACGGUGCCCACGCAUCGACGGAGGACUUUUCAUACUUUACGCUGCUGCGGCCAACCAAUGACGGCGGGGCCACCACUCCGUCAGCCCUAGAUGCCCCGACUGCUCCAGCUACUCCGGCUGCCUCGGCCACCUCUCUCUUUGGCAUCUCGUGCACGCGCCAGAUCGACGCGACGCUGCUGCGAAACCGGCCGCCCGAGGUGACACGCUCGACCGUCCAAAAGGCGGUCGUGGUCAUUACCGACAGUCCGCAGUUCUUUGGCAUGUUGCGCGAGCGGCUCAGCAUUGUGACGACGGCCUGGUUCGACCAGCGUGACUUCACCGACGUCGACAUCCUGCGGCGCUUCCAGGAAGCCCUGGCCGAGGAGAAGGCGCGCGGCGGCCUGGGGCCGGGAGGCGAGGACGAAGACCGCGACCAGUACCUGGGCAUGAGCCUGCGCGAACUGGUGCACGAGUUCCGCUGGCAGACGCUUGUGCUGCUCAAGUGCUGUCUCCUGCAGCCAAAGAUGCUCUUUUUCGGAUCUCGCUGCGAGCGUCUCUGCAUGAUGCAGUUCUCGCUCAUCUCCCUGAUACCCGGGCUGCUGCGCAACCUGCAGGACUGUGCCAGCCCCGAGCUAGACAGCUAUGCCCGCAGGAUGAAGCAGCCGACCAGCCUGCGGACGAGCGACCGCAACUCGCUGCUGGCCUACAUGGGCCUCCCGCUGCAGAUCUUCGGCAAGGGCAGUCUGUUUGGGCCGUACACGCCGCUGCAGCAGCUGGACGUGCUGGCGGACUUUGGCACCAAGUCAUACGUCGUCGGCAGCACCAACUCGCUACUGCUGCAGCAGCGGGACCGCUACAGCGACAUCCUGGUCAACCUGGACGAGAUGACGGUCAACGUGACGUCUACGUCGCUGCGGACGGCCCUGCAGCUGUCAGUGCCAGACCGACGCUGGAUCGACUUUAUCACGCAGGAAGUGAACGACACCUGGGACGAGUCGAACCCGGGACGGCCGAAGACGAUGGGCUACGUCGGCAGCGAGGAAUUUAUCCGGCUGCAGUUUGAGGAGUACCUGCUGUCGCUGAUCUCGUCGGUCAAGUACCAUAACUACAUUACGAGCAUCAACAGCCGCACCGGGCGGCCCAACCUGCCGCCGCUUCCGCACAUCGAGGGCGAUCCGUCGUCAGACUUUGGCAACGACUUUAUCGAGUACUGGUCGCGCACCGGCAACUACCAGCUGUGGCAGGCUAACACCGACUCGCACCUGUUUGAGUUUGUCGAGCCGAGGCAUCCGUGUGCCGGCGGACUGUCGGUCGACGACGUGCAGCGCCGCAUUGCCCAGCAGGUCCAGGACAUGCACCUAGACGAGCGCUUUGCCCAGGGACGCGAGGUGAUUGGGCGAAAUCUGGCAGCCGGACGCGAGAAGGCAUCGACCAUGUUUAACAAGUUUUAUGCCGACAUGGAGACGAUGCGCGAGGCCCAGCGGAAACGGGCGGAAGAGGCGAAGUUGCAGCAGGCCCAAGAAUCUGGCGAGGUGUAUGCGAACGGGGCGGGCGACUAUGUCGGAUCGGAUGCGCUCGCGCAGACGAUCAGCAACCACAGCUCGUCGACGGUGCUGACGGGUGGCGACGCCUACAAGACGCCGCCGACGGCACAGUCGGUCGGCGGGCGAGCCACGGCGUACAUGAGCAGCUGGGCUUCGUGGGCGGGCGAGAAGCGCAAGGCAGCCGGCUGGGGGAGUCGGCUGUCGGGCACAGGCAGUAUAACGAGUAUCGGCAGCAGCACGGGCGGCAAUGGGGCGGCCGGCAGCUGGAGCCUGCUGGGGAACGGGGCCAACCGUCGUGGCAACCGCAGCACGAUGAGCAGCAUGACGUCGGAUGCGUCGUCGGAACGCGGCGUCCUGGUGGCGACGAACGGCAGCGACAUCCAGAGUCCGCGCAUGUCGGUGUCGUCGUUUGCGACAGGCUUCAGCGAGGUCAACGAAUCCGCACCCCUGACAACGGCACCGGGAGGCACGACCAUCCGAUCGGUGCCGCAGAGAUUCUUUCACGAGGCCGGGCCGGACAAGGAUGUCCUCAAAGAAGAGGACGUUGGCCGAGUGGAGGAAGAAGACGAAGACGAGGACGACGAGGACGAGGACGAGGACAAGGACAAGGACGACGGGAAGGACGGGACCAAAGAGGACGCGAACAGCAGCUUGCCGAAAGACGACCUGCCAGCAAAGGCUGCCGUCGUCGAACAGACGCAGCCAGCAGACGAGACGGGCGUGAAGGCUAUGGCAGGCUUUGGAAGCAAGGUCAAGCUGCUGCCGUGA